ACCCGUCGGUUGAAUCCGCUGCUAUGCUGUGACUGGGAGAGAAGCAAUGCUGAACAGCAGCCAGCACAUGGAACUGUUGAGAAUUAGGUGAAAUAGAAAUAGUAGUUAAAAUAACGAAUUUGUGGGACAUAACGGGAUACGACCUGUCUGGUGUAAGUCUAACCAUGGUGUCCGUCGACUAUGUAGCUCACAAGAUACUGACUUACAUCCCAUAUGUCCUUGUUUUGAUUGAUCUGAGAUAUGAAGGAGUGAAGUGUGGCAGAGAUGGGAGUGUGGACAAUCAUAUGGAGAUGGGGAAGAAGCUGCUCGCUGCUGGCCAGCUAGCCGAUGCCCUCUCUCAUUUCCAUGCUGCUGUGGACGGGGAUCCGAAGAACUACAUGGCCUACUACAGGAGAGCUACAGUGUUUCUUGCAAUGGGGAAGUCUAAAUCUGCCCUGCCAGAUUUGAGCAAAGUCAUUGAACUCAAACCAGAUUUCACAUCUGCACGACUUCAGAGGGGAAAUCUCCUUCUGAAGCAGGGGAGGCUAGAUGAAGCAGAGAGUGACUAUAAGAAGGUGCUGAAAUCCAACCCCAGUGACAAAGAGCAGAGGGAAGCCCAGAGUCAGCUGACGAAGUCAGAUGAAAUUCAGCGGUUGGUAGCUCAGGCACGCAGCAGCUUCAACAACAAGGAUUAUUUGACAGCUGCUGCCCAGCUUGACACUGUCAUUGAGACCUGCGUUUGGGAUGUGACCUCUCGUGAGAUGCGAGCAGAAUGUUUUAUUCAAAUGGGAGAGAUGGGGAAGGCCAUCAGUGACCUUAAAGCUGCCUCCAAGUUAAAGAGUGACAAUACCCAGGCUUUCUACAAGCUCAGCACCAUCUACUAUAACCUUGGAGACCAUGAGAUGUCCCUUAAUGAGGUUCGUGAGUGCCUGAAGCUUGAUCCUGAUCACAAGCAGUGUUACAGCCAUUACAAGCAGGUUAAAAAGCUCAACAAACAGAUCCAGUCUGCUGAGGAACUCAUCCAAGAGCAGAGGUAUGAAGACGCAGUGGGCAAAUAUGAGGCAGUGAUGAAUACUGAGCCUAAAGUGCUCCAUUUUUCUCUUCUUGCUAAGGAGCGCAUCUGCCAUGCACUGGCACAGGCCCAGCAGGCUAGCAGAGCUAUAUCGGUGUGUAGUGAAGUCCUCCAGUCGCACCCAGAGAAUGUUAAUGUGCUCAAGGACAGAGCUGAGGCCUAUGUCCAAGAGGAGCAGUAUGAGGAAGCAAUUAAAGACUAUGAGACUGCUGCAAAACACAGUGAGAAUGACCGUCAGAUAAAAGAAGGCCUGCAGAGAGCUCAACGACUUCUCAAACAGUCUCAGAAGAAGGAUUAUUAUAAGAUCCUGGGUGUGAAGAGAACUGCUCAGAAGAAGGAAAUUAUCAGAGCCUACAGGAAACUGGCACAGCAGUGGCACCCAGACAACUUCCAGGAUCCAGAGGAAAAGAAGAAGGCGGAAAAGAAGUUCAUAGACAUCGCUCAGGCUAAAGAGGUUCUCACUGACCCGGAGAUGAGAACCAAGUUUGACCACGGAGAGGACCCCAUGGAUCCAGAGAGCCAGCGUCAACAAGGCUUCCAUGGAGGCUUCCAUGGCUUCCAGGGUUUCAACCCAUUUGGCUCUGGACCCUUCAGCUUUAAAUUCAACUUCAAUUGAGGAAGUUCGUAUCCAGCACAGCUGGAGCAAAUUAAAAAUAAAUAAAUAAAAAAUAAAACUUUCCUCCCCAUUUAAGAGGGAGAUCACGGGCAUAGGGAAUGUCAAUGCAUACUGACAAGUCACUAAAAAAUGUGGAGCAAAUUAUUGUGACUUUAAUUCACUGACCUUAAUUAAAGAUGCAUCUUUGUUGUUGAAUAAUACAACUUUGAAUUCCAUUUGGGAAAGAUCUGUUGCUAUGCUAACAAAUAUCUGCCAUGUGUGAAGCAGCUUUUACCUGUGAAGUGCAAGUGAUUAAUUGUGACACUUGCAUCCUUUCCAUGUAUUGUACACUCUACAAUUCACAUCCAUUCGUAAGAUUCAAUUUGUACAUAGGUACAGUGCUAUUUUUAUAUGAAUGGAGUUUUUCUGAACUGUAAAUAAAGAACUAUUUAUGUA